AGUGAGAUAAACAUUGGACAGGAAAUCCAACAUAUGAGUCUACCGAGAGGAGAACAGAAUGUGAGAGCGCCAACAAGCGGCCCUGUGAUAUUCUUUAGCACCAGCCAUGAGGAAGUAUGUGGCAUGUUGAAAGUUGCCCUCUGUCUGGUCUCAUCAUCUUUUGUUUCCAGGCACACAUGAGACAGGAUGAGAAGGUUACAGAUAGGACUCUUGGUGGAUUGCGAUAUUGACUACUGUGCUGUGUGAAUACACAGCAUAGUCCUGGUUGGAAAAUGAAGACUGUUAUGUACUGGUCACCGAAGGAAGUACGGACAUGGCUGCUGGAUAGAGGGCUGCAGGAAUACUGUGAGGCCUUUCAGUCGGUUAAUGGCCAAGCCUUGCUCAGGUUAAAGGAAGAUGACUUUAAGAAGCCACCUUUGUCACUUGUAUCAUCAGACAAUGGCCAGCAGUUGCUGGAGAUGAUAGAAACAUUAAAAAUAGAAAACCAUAUAGAGGAACACAAGAAUGGGCAUGCAAACGGUCACCUGAACACCAAGAUAGACAUCAAUGACCAUGGCUAUACGAGCAAGGCCAAGAAAAAUGGAAUACCGAAUGGAUUUAGAAAAGAAAUGGUCAAAAUACCCAUGCCCGAGCCUGAGCGUUCCCAGAGCUUUCCUGAUGAGUGGUGCAAAACCUUUCUGGCCUUCCUCUAUGCACUUUGUUGUUUUAUCUUUACUACCGUAAUGAUCUCGGUUGUCCAUGAACGCGUGCCUCCCAAGGCAGAGGAAGGCCCUCUACCCGAUGUAUUUUUUGAUCAUUUUGACAGAGUGCAGUGGGCCUUUUCUAUUUGUGAAAUUAAUGGAAUGAUUCUUGUAGGAGUCUGGUUACUGCAGUGGAUAUUCCUAAAAUACAAGUCUAUUAUUAGCCGAAGAUUCUUUUGUAUAGUGGGUACGCUGUACUUGUAUCGCUGUAUAACAAUGUACGUGACGACACUCCCAGUUCCUGGUAUGCAUUUCAACUGUUCUCCUAAGCUUUUUGGCAACUGGGAAGCUCAGCUGAGGAGGAUCUUAAAGAUGAUUGCUGGAGGUGGACUUUCCAUAACAGGAUCCCACACCAUGUGUGGAGACUACCUGUACAGCGGCCACACGGUCAUGUUAACGCUGACAUACAUGUUUAUUAAAGAGUAUUCUCCACGCCGUCUCUGGUGGUAUCACUGGAUCUGCUGGUUCCUCAGCUUUGUUGGCAUCUUUUGUAUACUUUUGGCCCAUGACCACUACACUGUUGAUGUUGUGGUAGCUUAUUACAUCACUUCCAGAUUUUUCUGGUGGUACCACACUAUGGCCAAUCAACAAGUGCUAAAAGAGGAUUCCCCAGCAAACCUGCUUUCAAGAGUGUGGUGGUUCAAGGCCUUCCAGUUCUUUGAGAGGAACGUUCAUGGCGUUGUGCCCCGUUCUUAUCAGUUGCCUAUCCCAUGGACCUGGCUGCAGUUGAGCCGUCAAGUGAAGUACAGCAGGCUGGUCAAUGAGGCCUAACCUGCUACCAUCCACAACGGGAGUAUUUCUGCGAACCUUCCAACAUGAUGCCAUAAAUGCAGACUUCUAGCAUCCUUGUUGUCAACAGUUACCUUGACCUCUUCACUUACCUGGUCAGCACUGUGAUAUUCUUCUCUCCAAAGGACCCACAUCCGGUGUAAAUGAAACCAAGAAUAAAGGUUACCAUGCACUGUCUCUACAAAAUUCUUUACAAGCGUGGGAACUUUAUUUUGUCCCUAGCCAUGAUCCUUUGUAAAUGACUCGACAACCUAAAACCCGUGAGCUUUUUAUACCCUGCGUUUUCUGUCUUUUCCAGUCAUGUCUGGGAAUAAAACAUUAUUUUCUUGGGAAAACAUAUAUUUCAUAUCACUUGCCCCAAAUAUUUGGGCUUUAAGCCAUUUUCUAACCAGUGUCUCUAUGAAGGCUUCGAAUGACCUAAUGGUGUAAGCUGCAGUCCCACUGAGUAAAUGAGGAAACCAUAGUUGUAUUGUUUAAUAA